AUGAAUUUCGUUUAUCUGCCUCUAUUACUUGUUAUUUCUUGCGUAAGUGCUGAUGAUAAAACAAUUAAUGAAGUCAAAAUCAAUAUAUGUCCAUAUACCUGCGGAUUUUGUGAUUUGCCUGGUGCUGGCGGUGAAUGUCCCGACAGCAUUGAUGGAUGCGAAAGUUUGAGGGGAUUUUGUCAACUUGAUUCAAGUAGAAAUAUGAACUUAUUUUUCAAAGGCUUGUCCUCAAAAUCUGACAAUGCUGGUAACGAUGUAUCAAUUAAAGUAUGCAAUAGACCACUUCCGCUACCAGCAGCACCGGUUGCAGCACCUCCAAAUGGAGCGCCUCAACCAGCUCAAGAAGCUCAAUAUCGCCCAACUGUCGAUCCAAAUCUUUGUUUUGACCUGGAUCCAGCGUGUUCACAAGUGUUUAAUUUAGAACAGCCAGAACAAACAAUUCAAGACCAACGUAAUCCGUAA